ACGGUACGUCUUAUCAUCUUCUUUAGCUUUUUAUAAGCUUUCUUGUUCCAUCUCCGAUUCUCUCUAAACCGCUACCGAGCUCUGUUUGCGACUGGUUCCAUUUUCUGUGCCGAGUAGUGAAGUCGCGAUGGAUGUGAUUUCGAGCACGAGCCCCCUCCUGACGUCCUCCACGCUGAAUCCCAACGCUCCGUUGUUCGUGCCGAUGGCGUACCGGGCGGUGGAGGACUUCUCCGACGAGUGGUGGGCCCUGGUCCAGACCUCCCCGUGGUUCCGCGACUACUGGCUCCAGGAGCGUUUCUGCGAUCCCCAAGAUGACCCUCUCUUCUCCGCCAUCGACGAUCUCGCCCUCCCCGACCUCGACUCGCUCUUCGACGACUACGAAGAAACCCUCCUCAACCAGGGGGAGGAGGAACGGAGAGGGUAUUGUAGAGAUCUGGUUUCAAUUGGAGGGUUGAAGUGGAAAGAGGCGCGACGUGAGGCUCACGCGCCGAGGCACGCGGAGAAGGCGCCGAAGAUCGCGCAUAACGUAAGAGUGAGCCCGAGGACGAUUCAGCAGCCGCGCUAGGUUCGACUCACUGGGUGUGGUUGGAAGACCGAGUCGAGCUCAUUACGUUUGGGCUGUGUGAAUCGAAAUUUGAAUUCAGCUGCUGUGUCUUUCCUGCUUCUGUAAAUAGAGUCUUUGACUUCUUGUGUUUCUGGUCUAGGUUUCGUCUUCUGACUCUGUUAUUUUAGCUCACGCGAAUGGAGCAUGUACUGAAUUCACCAAUGAAAACAGGAAAAAAAAAGAUUGG